GCGCGCACUUCAUUCUUGUCAGGUAUUCUAUGACCCCGACAUGCAGUACUAACGUAGAAAUUAAUUGUAACUCAUUCAAAAAUUAUAUUUCUUAAGCAAAUUGACAGUUUAUCGGGCAGACAUUCAAGUGACCACGUAGAGACACAACGUCUCUCUGCCAACCUCUCUUCAUACGCUAUCGGAAGGCGCGACUCUAAAAUUUGAAUUUGCCGCGACUUUUAAGCCGUCUUAAUUUCGUACUUAAGGCCGAAAAUGACUUAAAUUCUCUUUUUAACGAACUCAAGAGUGCUCACAUUUUUAGCGUAUUAAGUGACAGUGACUGUGAUAACUCGAUACUGUGGGACUUUUUGGAUUAACAAGAGAUUUCGGAGCAAGAUGAAAUUUCACACUGUAGUCUUAUUCGCGUCUUGGCUCUUGGAUGUUUGCAUAGCAUAUGAUGUUCAUAAACAUAUGACAGUAGAAGAACUGAGGAAUAUUUUCCAUGUAGACCACCACGAUUUAGUUCCUGAAUACGAAGUAGUUCGUAUAGACCACGUGAACAAGAGGAGCAUAUUGAAAUCCAAAAAUUUCACGCAGAACGUCAUCAACGUAGACGAAAAAUUCAAGCCAAACUACACCACUCCUCAGACGAUAGAUGCAACCAGGCAAUUGAGGCUACAAGCCUUUGGAAGACCCUUCAAUUUGAGCCUCAUACCGACCAGUGGGCUAUUCAAAAAGGGCAAACUGAAGAUUUGGACUGUGGAACCCAACGCCACUUCUCAGCAUGGGGUUGAAUACAUCGAGCUACCCGAGACCAAUGAAGAAAUUGGAGAUCUGUAUCAGGACGAGGAGAAUCAGGCUGCUGUACUGUUGAGGAACGAAGAAGACAUCAUUGUUGUGGAGGGAAGCAUUGGACCAGACCUAGUCAUCAGACCAAUCCCGGCAAGGCUUCGCAAUAAAAUACUCAAAACUUACGCCAAUAACAAAUCCGAAGAAGUACCUUACAACCCAAGCGAUGAUGAGAUGUUCCUCGAUACAGACGGGGAACUCAGUGCUGAAGUAUCCAUAGAUACGGGAGUACCAAUCAAGAGGAAGAAGAUCCAUAAGCUACACCACAUAGUGUACAAGAAGAAGAAAGACCGGCAAGACGAAACCUUCAGCGAUUACGCCUUCAUGGAGCCUGACCAUCUAACCAAGAGGCACAAGAGGUCGGUCAGUAGGUCUAGUAGGAGUAAAAGGGAAGCCCCAUACACUAUAUACCCUGAAAUAUUGGUCAUCGUCGACUACGAUGGUUACAGACUGCACGGAGGGGAUAAUUUGCAGAUAAAAAGAUAUUUCGUUUCCUUCUGGAACGGCGUAGAUCUAAGGUAUAAGCUGUUGAAGGGACCCAAAAUCCGCAUAAGCAUCGCUGGAAUCAUUAUUAGUAGAGGAAGAGACGCAACCCCAUAUUUGGAAAGGAACAGGGUGGGAAGAGACGCUAUAGAUUCUGCAGCUGCUCUGACAGACAUGGGAAAAUAUUUGUUCAGAGAAAGAAGGCUGCCGGUUUAUGACAUCGCUGUAGCUAUAACGAAACUAGACAUGUGCAGAAGAUCUUAUCCGAAUGACGUUUGCAACCGCGGUACAGCAGGUUUCGCCUACGUUGGAGGUGCUUGUGUCGUCAACAAAAGACUAGAAAAGGUGAACUCAGUGGCCAUCAUCGAAGAUACUGGUGGUUUUAGUGGAAUAAUUGUGGCUGCUCACGAAGUCGGACACUUAUUGGGUGCUGUACACGAUGGAAGUCCACCUCCGUCUUAUCUAGGAGGACCAGGUGCUGAAAAAUGCCAAUGGACGGAUGGAUACAUCAUGUCAGAUUUGAGACACACAGAAAGGGGCUUCAGGUGGUCGUCCUGCAGUGUGGCCAGCUUUCAUCAUUUUCUAAAUGGUGAUACUGCAACAUGCCUUUACAAUUCGCCGCAUGAGGAUGAUAGUUUACCGAGGGUUCUGCCUGGUAAAUUGUUAACGUUGGACGCUCAGUGUAGGAGGGAUAGAGGAACGAGUGCUUGUUUUAAAGACGACAGGGUGUGUGCGCAACUGUUCUGUUUCGACGCUGGAAGUGGGUACUGCGUCGCUUAUAGGCCAGCUGCUGAAGGAUCACCAUGUGGAGAUGGCCAAUAUUGCCUCAAUGGAAGAUGUGUAGCAGAGCACGAAAAUAUAAUCCCUGACUAUUCACAAAACUCAGCUACCUACGUGAGAAGUAAUAGCAAUCUAGGAAGGCCGUUGUUCCAUGAAGAUGACGAAGAAAUUGAGGGUUACCAGAAACCUGAACAACCACAGUACUACAACUACAAUACUUCCCCGCAACCACCCAUAAACCCAUACUACCAAUUUAACAAUUUCGACGAUCCGAAUAAUUACAACCAAAAUUACUACUCCUCGUCCAUGGAUCCAUCCUUUGUCCCCACGAAGAAAAACGGGGAAUUCCCUUCCACCAUAAAAAGGUUCAAUUUGUUCACGCUCUCCACCACUAAGUCCCCCUACGACUUCAAAAAUUUCGGAAAAUUUCCAACCCAACAGUCUUUCGCUGACAAAUUCAAUCUCAGAAAUUUCCUAUUUCCUAAGAGUACCACCACCAACCCCUACCUCGGGAACUUUUAUCAGUUGAGGAAACUCACCACGAUAAAUCCCUAUAAUUUUUCCAACUUUGGUAGAACGACGAAAAGUCCGUAUGCCUUGAAUUUGGACGAAAUUAAUAACAAUUAUUUGAAGCGUAAUGCUGCCAGUUAUUUCCCUAGUGAUUCGAAUAUCAUGAACAAUUUUACUGCCUUCACGUAGAGGGGAUUAUAGAAUAGGCUAGAUUAUCGUGAACUGAACUGAAAUUUCGAGAAUCCGCAACUUGAAUAUCUUCUGUGAAGAAACCUUUAUAACUGUUGUGAAAAUUUUAUCAAAGACUACAGAAAUCACAACUUAUGAGACGAGAGACAAUAUUUAUAUUUAUGUAUCUAGUUUUUCACUACAAAUUUCGAAAGAAUGGAUCAAAAAUGGGAAUAAAGAAAAAGAUUGCGAAGUACCAGUAACGAAAUUAUUCGAAAUUGGACAAAUCCGAGCGAACAGUGCAUUCGCUGACAACUAUGGGAUUUCCUUAGGAAAAUAUUUUACUGCCAAACCUCUGCAAUGAAGUGGAACAAAAUAGUUUGUAAAUUGAUAAAAAGUAGUGUUAUGAUCUUUAUAAUGAAUUUAUUGUAAAUAGAAUUUCAAAUAAUGA